GUUAGGUGUGUUCUACUUCAACUAGGGCAGGAGGACCAGUUUCCAAAAAGAUCCAAAUAUAAGUAGGAACUGGGAAAAAGAAUUCGACAGUUCGAGGAAAGACCAGAGACGAACGAACAAGCCGUAGCCAUGAUCUCGCAGUUCUUCGUGCUAUCUCAGCGAGGCGAUAACAUCGUCUUUCGUGACUAUCGAGGUGAAGUACAGAAAGAAACCGCGGAGAUAUUCUUCCGCAAAGUGAAGUUUUGGAAAGAAGAUGGGCAAGAGGAAGCUCCCCCUGUCUUUAAUGUAGAUGGCGUCAACUACUUUCACGUGAAGGUUGUGGGAUUAUUGUUUGUUGCAACAACAAGAAUUAAUUUGUCCCCUUCUUUUGUCUUCGAGCUUUUACAAAGAAUUGCUCGUGUCAUCAAAGAUUACCUCGGAGUUCUCAAUGAAGAUUCACUAAGGAGAAAUUUUGUACUCGUGUAUGAGUUGCUUGAUGAAGUCAUUGAUUUUGGCUAUGUUCAAACGACAUCUACUGAAGUGUUGAAGUCCUAUGUAUUCAAUGAGCCAAUUGUUGUUGAUUCUGCACAUUUGUCACCUCUUGGUCCUGCUUCCCUAUUUAUGCAAGGGACCAAAAGAAUGCCAGGGACUGCUGUCACAAAAUCUGUUGUUGCAAAUGAUCCUAGUGGUAGAAAGAGGGAGGAAAUUUUUGUUGAUAUAAUUGAGAAGAUCAGCAUCACUUUUAGUUCUAGUGGAUACAUACUGACCUCAGAAAUUGAUGGCACAAUUCAAAUGAAAAGUUAUCUUACUGGAAACCCAGAAAUCCGGUUAGCACUUAAUGAUGAUCUGAGCAUAGGGAGAGGUGGGAGAUCAGUCUAUGACUAUAGAAGCUCCAUUGGCUCGGGAGUAGUAAUCCUUGAUGACUGUAAUUUUCAUGAAUCCGUACGUCUUGAUAGUUUUGAGGCGGAAAAAACUUUGUCCCUGGUUCCUCCGGAUGGUGAGUUUCCUGUCAUGAAUUAUCGUAUGACCCAGGAAUUCAAGCCUCCUUUUCGUAUUAAUGCUUUGAUUGAAGAAGCAGGGCCCCUCAAGGCUGAGGUGAUUCUGAAAGUACAUGCAGAGUUUCCCUCUAGCAUUACGGCAAACACAAUUUCUAUGCAAAUGCCACUACCUAAAUAUACUAUGAGAGCGAGUUUUGAGUUGGAAACUGGAGCUGUUGGACAAACCACAGAUUUCAAGGAAGCUAAUAAGAAGCUUGAAUGGAAUUUAAAGAAGAUUGUUGGUGGAUCGGAACAUACACUGCGAGCAAGGCUCACGUUUUCACAAGAAUCACAUGGUAAUAUAACAAAAGAAUCCGGUCCUGUUAGCAUGACAUUUACCAUACCAAUGUAUAAUGCUUCAAAGCUUCAGGUGAAGUACUUGCAGAUAGCAAAGAAGUCAGGAACAUACAAUCCAUACAGAUGGGUGAGAUAUGUUACUCUGUCCAAUUCCUACGUUGCUCGUUUGUAGAUUGGUAAAGCAUCCGCCCCACCAAUUCCUUUUGCUGUCUUGUGGACUUGGAUUUAUUUAAUAUUGUGGACUUGGAUUUGUUAAUUUCAGUUUUCGUUUGUUUAACAUUUUUGGGUAUGAUGUAUGAAGGUAGAUACAUACUCCUUCAGAAAAGAAACAACAUCAAUAAUAAAGAAUAUUUCAAGUCAAAGGAAAUAA